AUGUUGAAGAAACAACUAAGUGAUCGACAAGGCAAUGCUCCUUUAAAUGGAGCUGCGGAACCAGCCAACUUCGGAGUGGCCGAUAGUGGCGAAAAUGGUGACGUUUCUAGAGUUCUAGCAGACAGCUCAGAGGAUCGUGUCCGCGCCACCUGGGAUUCUAAGAUGCAGUACUUCUUUAUGGUGAUCUCGUACGCGGUUGGUCUGGGAAAUGUAUGGCGAUUCCCAUAUCUGACGCAGACACAUGGUGGGGGUGCCUUCUUGGUGCCUUAUCUGAUCAUGCUAUUUGUUGAGGGCAUGCCUGUCCUGUACCUGGAGCUAGCUAUCGGGCAGAGGCUGAAACUGGGCUGCCUCGGCGUCUGGAAUGAGAUCCAUCCUUUCCUAGGAGGUCUCGGGCUGGCCUCAGCUGUGACCUCAUUCAUGAUUGCUAUAUACUACAAUGCAAUAAUAAUGUGGUGCUUCUUCUACUUGUUCAAUUCAUUUCAAAGUCCCUUGCCAUGGGCUGAAUGCCCGACAAUGACUGUGGACAACAAGACAUUUGUCGUAGAAGAGUGUGACAUCAGCGGUCCCACGUCCUACUUUUGGUACAGGGAAGCCCUCGACGUGUCCUCCGGUAUCGACACUUCGGGUGGAAUCAAGUGGAAGAUCAUGCUGUGUCAUGUGUUUUCCUGGAUGGUCAUCUACUUGUGUAUUUGCAAAGGAAUUAAGUCAUCUGGAAAGGUAGUCUACGUCACUGCAACGUUCCCGUACCUCAUUCUCGUCAUAUUUUUCAUACGAGGCAUUACCUUGGAUGGCGCCAUCGACGGACUGACGCAUAUGUUUACUCCCAAGAUGGAUCAGCUGAUGAACAUCCAAUGCUGGUUGGAUGCCGCCGCUCAGAUCUUCUUCUCAUUUGGACUUGCUUUUGGAGGUCUGAUUGCCUUCUCCAGCUACAACCCGAUGAAGAACAAUGUGGAGAGAGAUACCAUAUUUAUCGGCUUCACCAACUGGUGUACUGGCAUAUUUGCUUGUGCAGUCAUUUUUUCUGUGAUAGGGUUCAAGGCCACAGUGAUGUACCGUCAUUGCAUUGAUCACAAUAUUGCUAUCCUCACAGAAAUUUGUUCAAAUGCAGACUCGACACACACCUUGUGUUUUGACAUGAACGUAUCAUGGAGUCUCAGUCACGAGACUUACAAAAGUGUCUUUGAGAGUAAUCUGUCCUUGUAUACAAACUACACCAGCGGAUCUUUUAGACAUUGUGACCUCGAGGAAGAUCUCAACAAG